UUGAAACAGUUUAUGUCCCGGAUGUGAGGGAUCUGUAAAUACUUUCACAGCCCUCUUUUUGACUCGUGCAGUAUACAGGCCCUCAAUGGACGGCAGGUUGAUAGCAAUUGUUUUUUCAUAUUUGCCAGAUGAAUUGUUGGAAUCCAUGAUUUCUGGCAUUUUACCCUGAAAAGGUAACAUUGCUUUUGCAGGACUGAAUUUAUCAGGAUGGGUGACAGAACAGCUUUGAGAAAAUUAAUAAGAGCUGAUGAAACAAACCAAGAAAAUCCUUUUCCAUCCUGGGAACAAGCCUAAAACUACUUUAGGGGGAGUGGAGCACUCUAAUCAGAUUAGCAUCUUUUCAGGGAUUUGAAUAUGAACCUGAGAAAUGUCACCCUGGAUGAGACUAAUGUUGUUUUAUCCCAUUGUUCUAUCUGGACGGCAGCCAAUAACCGGUGCUAAAUUGCCCAAAGUAAAACCCCUGGAUCUGCUGAGGAUGUGUCUCUGCACCAAAGCAAAUGCAAGGAUUCAUCAAACCCAGUCUUCCUCCAGAAUGGUGCCCAAUAGCGCACAUCACACACACACACAUACACCCCUCUGUCAGCUGCCAGUAUUGUGCCUGGCAAGUGGACUGUCUGCACAGUGAUUUUCAGUAACAAGUUUAGCAUGGAGCUCUGGGGAAAUAUUCUUCUACUGUAGUAUCUUACUGUUUUGUUCCCCUCAUUUCUAGUGAUGGAAACAGAAAGUAUUAGGUGAUUGCAACGCAACAAGCAAAUGCUCAAGCAAACCAGAUCUUAGCAGUGCCAAGGAAAGAAACCAGAUAUUUUCUGGAUCGCAGCCUGAUAUUUUCCAAUUGGCUCUAAAAAUUUAGUGUUUUCAGAAGAACUGGUACUUCAGCCUUAGAGUUGCAUAAAUAGACCCCCUCCCCCCACAACCAAAGUAUGUACAUCAGACCUUCCUAGUCACAUAAUUAAAGCAGUACAUCACCUGAAAGCAUCUCCCACAGGGACAGAUCCUAUGAAGUAGGGACGAUUAUGCAAUUAAUUGUUAUUUCAUUACGUAAUCUUAGUGCAUGGUUAAAUGAACUUCUCUGUUGAUUUCUUUUGUCCAGGUCUUAGAAUCAUUGAAAUCCUUGAGUCCAACCUUCUGAUUAGCGCAGGAGUCCAAUUUAAAACAUCGCAGGUGGAUAGUUGCUUAGCUUCUCCUUCAACACAUUCAGUGGAUGAAAUGAAUGACAUCCAUCACCUCUCAGUUGAUUUGCUCUGACUGUUCUGAUGUUUAAGUGGGUUUGCCUUCUAGCAAUAUAUUCCCUGAGGAAAUGCAAACAGAGUUUAUCGGUGACAUAUUUCAACUGCAUCUAAUGAUAGACUCCACGAUUAUUUUUUAUUUUUAUUUUUUAUCUAACAGAUUAAAACCCACCAGACUCAGGAGGGCUUUUGUUCAAAAGUGACAUUCUUUCAUCCCAGCCAUGAACCUUGAAGUUCCGAAACCAGAAUUCAAAUCUGCCACCAGGGUGACUGGGGGGCCUGUCACUCCUAGGAAAGGCCCUCCCAAAUUCAAACAGAGACAAACCCGGCAGUUCAAGAGCAAGCCACCGAAGAAAGGUGUUCAAGGGUUUGGUGAUGACAUUCCUGGCAUGGAAGGCUUGGGAACAGAUAUCACUGUGAUCUGUCCCUGGGAAGCUUUCAGCCACCUGGAGCUGCAUGAACUGGCACAAUAUGGUAUCAUUUGAAGAUGUAGAAGCCAGAAAUAGGCCGAAUAUAUGCCUUUCAUUCAGCAAGCAAGAACAGUUCAUGAGCAUUCACAUUCCUAGCUCUGCAAAUUCACUCUCCCAGUAGCAGCCUGUUGGGCCCUAUAGCAAUUGCUCACUAAAAUAAAAUCCAAGUGAAUAAAUCUUAGGCUUGGUUUCAUACUAUGGUUCCUGCAAGGAUUUCCUCCCCUCCAAUUAAACAUUUGCAAAAAAAAAAAGUCACAAUGAACCAGAGAAAUGACUUCCUUUUAUACGCAGUAAUGUUGUGUCUUGCCCGCCCUCAGAGCAGCCAGGGCCUUCUUAUCUGCUCCCGAACACGGAGGAAUGUAUGCCUCCCGGCCCCAGUCCUGGCUCCAUGCCCAGACAAACUGCAGAAGAAGGAGCACCUCCCUGCCCCAGCCCUGACUCCAUGCCCAGGCAAACGGAGCAGCUAGACCCCUCCCCCUCCUCCACAGCAUGUGAGCCUGAGGAGGGUUUAUUACCAACAGCUGAUUGGAGUGAUCCUCGCAUCAGAAGAUUGGAUAGGCGGAGGCAACAGAAGGAAGGGAGGGGCAGGCCUUAAUGAGUGCUAAGUCAUGGAGCCACACCCCAUGGCCUAUAUAAAGGAUCUGCUUUCUGGCAGUCUCUGAGUCAGGCAAAAGUCGAACUUAUCUUGCUGAAGUCACUUACUGGUCUCCUGCCUGCUCUGAGGACUUUGCUAGGACUUUGGGCAGAGCUGCAGAGGCAAGCCUGAUUCGGAUUUCCCUGACCCGGCCGUCAGCGGAG